AUGGUAAGUAGAGGCAAUCCUGGGCUCAGUUCAUAUGGAUUCUGCAUCAGAGAUAGUAAUGGGGAUUUGGUCUAUGCUGAAGCACAACAAAUGGGAAUAGCAACAAACAUGAAAGCUGAAACUGAGGCUAUAAAGCAUGCAUUGAAGUUCUGUAAAGAACACAACUUUCAACAGGUUCAAUUGGAGACUGAUUCACUUGUCCUCCUAAACAUCUUACAAGAUACAUGGAUCACUCCAUGGGAACUGAUGAAUCAAAUUGAACAGAUCAAACAGGAUAUGAGAGCAAUGCAGGUACAGAUUAAUCAUAUCUUCAGAGAAGGCAACAGUUUGGCAAACUUUCUAGCAAAUCAGGCUUUGGAUCAUGCAGAGAUUAAAGUACAUGACUUUAUACUCAUGCCAUCAGAAGGAAGAAGAAUUCUCAAUAUGGACAAAUUACAAUUGCCUCGGCUGAGGAUUAGAACAAGGAGGAUUCAGCAGUUUGAUCAUCAACAAUGA